CCCCUCUCCCCCGGUCCCCGACCACCCUCCACCAUCUGUGCUGACUUUUACUACCUGUAGAGAUGCACCCUAACGAGUCGGUGGCUUAUGCCACGCCCCGACCUUGGCAUGCAACCUUUCUGUUUUCAUCUUGACCUCGCUUCUCUUGCUUCCUCCUCCGCGUGCUGCGUUGGAAAGAGAUGGAUCGGAUAGAGUAUGCGCGCAGGUUCGGUGAACUGAUCGUUGCUCUCGAUGAGGAGCGUCGGAAGAUGGAGGCCUUCCACCGGGAGCUGCCUCUGUGCCUGCAUCUCAUCAACCAAACGAUCGAGAGCUACAAGCAGCUGAUGGUUAGCGCUGAGACGCUGAGCCAUGAGCUUGCAGUUAAGGAAUUCAUACCUCUGAGACCGAGAUCCGUUUCUUCGGAAGAUGAUACCAUCCAUCACCAGGAGUGGAUCAGAUCCACCCAGCUCGUUGCACAAGAGCAAGACCCACUCCCCAAGACGGUUCAUCCGCAAAAGCCGAUAGCAAUCAAAGCGAAGAUGACUUGGGGAGAUGCUCAAUAUCUAGACAAAGAAGAAGAGAUAGCUCCAUCAGAAUCACUGGCUUGCCAAGAUACCGAAGUUGCUAGUGGAGAGGAAGGCAAUGGUGAUGGAGGAAAGAAGAAGAAGAAGAAGAAGGAGAGAUCUCAGCCUGAAAGGAAGGUGAAACGGUACUGGUCAGAAGAGCUGCACAAGAGAUUCUUGCAUGCACUUGAGCAGCUGGGUGGCUGUCAUGCUGCAACACCCAAACUUAUCCGGAAGCUGAUGAAGGUGGAUGGACUCACCAACGAUGAAGUGAAGAGCCAUCUACAGAAAUACCGGCUUCAUGCAAGAAGAAGUUGCCCGGUGGAGGAGAUCAGCACAAGCAGCAACAUCCAGUUUGUGGUGGUUCGAGGUAUAUGGAUUCCGACGCCGGAUUGCGCCAUCUUGACCUCUACAGAUGCGGCAGCACACGCCGCUCCGGUCAUCGGUGUGUCGGAAACCGGAAGAUAUGCUGACGUUUCACCCCUGCCCUCGCCAUUGAUGAUCCUGGACCGAAGUUAUCAGCAAACAGACAAGCAUUCCAAGGGAAGGAACCCAAGAGAAUAAUUGGCUGCAGUAGUCACACUCCUCCUCACACUGAUAAGAAUUGUUUCCUCCACUUAUCUUCUUCCUCCUCUUGGAGUGUUCUCUCUUUAGCUCAGAGGAAAAUGUUGCUGAAACGGCGUGAUUCUUAAGAUACUUGUAUACCCAUAUGUAUUCGUUUCACAUGUUUUAUAUACCUCACAUACACCUUCUCAUUAAUUGAUUGCUACCUUCUUUUAAGUUCAA